AUGAGUAAGGCCUAUGAUUCUGUUAACUCUACCCUUCUGCACCAUGCUCUUUCAUGCCUUGCACUUCCUGCUUCAAUUAUUAAUACAAUCUCCAACCUGUUUAUUGGUCGCCAUAAUGAU